AUGGCCGACAGCGAGAAUGCUGCUAUGGCAGAUUCACCAGAAACGACUAAAAGCAAGGACAAGGUGCACCACACAGUGACAGCAUGCGUAAGAUGCAGACAGAGGAAAACAAGAUGUGACGCAACAUUACCACGCUGCGAACCAUGCGAGCGAAGCAAUGCCCUCUGCGAGUAUUAUGAUUCCACAAAGAAUCGGACCAUUCCACGUACCUAUAUCACCUCCCUGCAGGACACCGUACGGCGGCUUCAAGAGGAACUCAAAGUAUUGGAGAGAGAGGAAGGCUAUGAACCUACGCAUGAGACGAUGGCGCGCUCUGCCGGACUCGUGCGCUUCAGCGAGAACGAUGAAAGCCGGUUCCUGGGGCCAUCCAGUGGCAUUGCCAUUACUCGCUUCGUCAUGGAAUUUGCCAAACAGAACGCUGUUCGGAAGACGAUCAAAGAGGUUGUGCCACAUAAAGCUGCGCAGGAGAUCAAGGAGAAGUUUGAUGAGGAAAGCAACAAGCCUACAUCAAAGGUCUAUCCGUUGAUCAGUUCUGUCGCUGCACCAGAUUUGCCUACUCGGGAUUUAAUGCAUCGUUUGGUGGAGAUAUACAUGGUAAAGGCACAGUACAUGCUCCCACUCCUCCACGAACCAUCCUUCCAUCGAGACCUGCAAGCCGUAUACGAUGGGUCUGAAGAUCCGACACUCAAUUUUCAAGUCCGGCUCGUCAUUGCUAUCAGUAUGCAGAAACUUGACACGCAGUACGCUGGUCUUGCCGAUAGCUACUAUCUAGCCGCCCUCCCAUUCCUGACUGGCGCUGUGCAAAAGAAAGAUCUCUCUACCCUCCAAUGUUUUGCUCUUAUCGCCCAGUACUCACUCCUUACUCCCACACGAACAGCGGCAUACUGGGUAGUAGGGAUCGCCUCCAAAUUGUGUCAGGAACUUGGGUUGUGUGAGGAGGAAACAAUCCACAAACCACCAUCAGGUACACGACCUAAUGCACUCGAGGUUGACAUGCGGCGGAGACUUUUCUGGAUCAUCACUUCGAUGGAGUAUGGGCUCUCUCACAGUCUGGGCAGGCCAAGCGCAUUUGCUGUAUCUGUUGACAACAUCAAUGUGAACUUCUUUGAACUGUGCGACGACCGCUUCAUCAGCGCGGAUGGAUUACUUCCUGGGAAUCAUCCCAUCAUGAAGAAAUGUAUUUCCAUUCAUUUUUUCAAGAUGCGGCUUUUGCAGGCUGAAAUCAGGCGCACCCUUUAUCUUUGCAAACGGGAGACCCCAACACAAGACACUGAUCCUUGGUUCCACCAAAUGUUGCAGAAGAUUGACGAUUGGGUCCGCGAUUGUCCUCAAAAUGACGAAGGCUCUGGCUUGAGCGAGGCUUGGUUCAUUGGACGCAAAAAUACAAUGAUAGUCUUCAUGUAUCGCCCUUCGCCUCAAAUUCCCAAUCCAUCGCUCGAUGCGGCUCAGAAAUGCUACAACGCGGCUAUCUACAACAUCAAAUUACAGAAGCGCCAGGUCGAAGCCAAUCUUAUCGACAUCACAUGGAUUUUCACCCAAGCAAUUUUCAUGGCGUUAAAUACCAUUCUUUGGUGCCUGUCGUAUCCUGCGAUCAGACAGCAGCAUCCCAUUGACGAAGUCCGCUUGCAAAUUCAGGACGCGCUCAAAGCCAUUGAACUAUGUGCGGAUCGUUGGCCUGGCGUAAGGUCGGCCCAGCAACUCUACGAGAACCUUGUUCUCGGGUGCUUGAAAGCCUACGAUGCGGACAAAGCUGCGGAAUCCCCAGCAGUAUCUGACUACGUAAGCACAACGACACAAGACAUCAGCUCAUCGACCUCCCAGUUUGCCAACAGUCCGGCCAGCACCACCAACACAUCACUGUUUGGUGCUCAGUCACCCCAGUCCAUCCACAGUGUUCAUACUCAAGCAGCUGGACACACCUUCCAAACUUCCACAAAUAAAUUCACUGAUCACGUCCAGCAAGGAUACCAGCCUCAGCCUGAGAAUUUUCCGCCAACCUCUCAGCCAAACACGCUUGGCCCGCAGUACAUGCCCACUGCAGCCCCUCGCCUCGAUAUCCCGGCUAUGCACUUCAGCCUUCCAGGGUUCGACCCUCAACAUACAUCUAACUACAUCCCAACCAGUUCACCGGGCUCCAACCCCUGGACAUCGUCUCCUUUGAUUCCCGGUAUUAUUCCUGGCCUCACCGGGUCGCCCAACAUGAAUUAUGACGAAUUACCUUACCUGGCGCCAUUUGGCCAGGAGUACUCCCGCUACAUGCAUCAAACGUAUCCUUCUGCAUAUCAAAUGCAAUCACUUAGCGAACAGCAACAAAUGGAGUUGAUGGCAUCACUCGAAAACAGCCAGCUGCCAGAUGUGUCAAAUUUAGUCAGCGAUGCGACUACCUUCUACAGCGCGCAGCUGCCUUGA